GUCAUGAAACGCGUACGCACAGAACAGAUUCAGAUGGCAGUGUCCUGCUACCUCAAGCGCCAUCAGUAUGUGGACUCAGAAGGUCCCCUAAAACAAGGGCUGAGGCUGUGUCAGACUGCUGAAGAGAUGGCAGCUAAUCUCACAGUCCAAUCUGAGUCUGGUUGUGCCAACGUUGUGUCUGCAGCUCCCUGCCUGGCGGAGCCACAGCAAUAUGAAGUACAGUUUGGACGAUUACGCAAUUUUCUGACAGAUUCAGAUUCUCAGCACAGCCAUGAAGUGAUGCCUCUUCUAUAUCCCCUCUUUGUCUACCUCCAUCUGAACAUGGUCCAGAAUGGCCUAAAAAGCACAGUGGACAGUUUUUACAGCCGCUUCCAUGGCAUGUUCUUGCAGAAUGCCAGCCAGAAAGAUAUCAUUGAACAGUUGCAGACUACCAUGACUAUUCAAGAUAUCCUGUCCAACUUGAAACUCCGGGCUUUUCUGGACAACAAAUAUGUCAUCCGCCUUCAAGAGGACAGCUACAACUACCUUCUUCGCUACCUCCAAAGUGACAACAACAACGCCCUGUGCAAAGUCCUGACCUUGCAUAUUCACCUGGAUGUGCAGCCUGCCAAGAGGACUGACUACCAGCUCUAUGCCGGUGGGAGCUCCUCACGCAACGAGAGCAACGGCCUGGAACCCAGCGAUGUGCCAGCUUCCAUCCUGCAGAAUGAGGCAGCGCUGGAUUUACUGCAGGACAGCAUUAAACGUGUCAAGGACGGGCCCCCUUCCUUAACCACCAUCUGUUUCUAUGCCUUCUAUAACACAGAGCAGUUGCUGAACACUGCAGAGAUUUCACCAAAUAGCAAGCUGCUCGCUGCUGGGUUCGAUAAUUCGUGUGUGAAGCUGUGGAGCCUGCGCUCCAGGAAGUUGAAAUCUGAGCCCCACCUUGUUGAUGUGUCCCGCAUCCGUUUGGCUUGUGACAUCCUGGAUGAGGAGGAGGAAGAGGAUGACAACACAGGCACAGAAAUGAAGAUCCUGAGAGGACACUGUGGACCUGUGUAUAGCACGAGGUUCCUUUCAGAUAGUUCAGGACUCUUGUCUUGUUCUGAGGAUAUGUCCAUCAGAUACUGGGACCUGAGAAGUUUUACAAACACUGUGUUGUACCAAGGACAUGCCUAUCCUGUCUGGGAUUUGGAUAUUAGCCCCUGCAGCCUGUACUUUGCCAGCGGCUCCCACGAUCGCACGGCAAGGCUCUGGUCGUUUGAUCGGACGUACCCGCUGCGAAUAUACGCGGGCCACUUGGCGGACGUGGACUGCAUCAAGUUCCACCCCAAUUCCAACUACAUAGCGACGGGCUCCACGGACAAAACCGUGCGCCUGUGGAGCACUCAGCAGGGCAACUCGGUGCGGCUCUUCACCGGGCACCGGGGCCCUGUGCUGGCGCUCGCCUUUUCCCCCAACGGGAAGUACCUGGCAUCGGCAGGCGAGGACCAGCGGCUGAAGCUGUGGGACUUGGCAUCAGGAACUCUUUACAAAGAACUGAGGGGGCACACAGACAACAUAACCAGCCUUACUUUCAGCCCUGACAGUAGUUUGAUUGCUUCGGCGUCGAUGGACAAUUCAGUUCGGGUCUGGGACAUUCGGAACACUUACUGCAACGCCCCUGCGGACGGGUCUUCCAGUGAACUGGUUGGUGUAUAUACCGGACAGAUGAACAAUGUACUGAGCGUACAGUUUAUGGCCUGUAAUCUUCUCCUAGUGACUGGAAUUGCACAAGAAAAUCAGGAACAUUAAUUUUGCUUUUUGUCUUAGGGAAGUGGGUGGGUGUCUUGAAUGCCAGAGUCCAUUGCAAGCUGAGAUUACUGACUGUGAAACACUUUUCUUCCUCUGCACCCUUGAAAGGCAUGUUCAGAGUGAUGCAAAUGCUUUAAGAUAUCACAAAAAUGCCUGUGCUGUUGGACAGAAUAAGGAAAAAAAGGGGGGUUGAUGAAAAUACAUAUGCAUUCUAAUUUUGUACUUGUAGGAAUGGGAAAAAGGGGAGUAAAUCCAGUAGCUUGGGGAAACUGAAAGCCUGGCCCGGACGAGUGAAACUGCCAACCAGAUAAGCUGGUGACCUGCACUUAAAUAUCCUUCAUUGAUUGAUGGGCACGUCUUACCUACUGUUAAUUUGGCUUGAGUAUGUGGAGAACUACUGGCCCAGUGGUUUCUGUUUUGUUUUGCUUUUGCUUUCCUGGUAUUGCAGAGGACCAGCAUUUUAAAGACUCUUCUAUUAAAAGAACAUUGUGUACUUUCUACAGUAAUAGUGGUCCUAAAUACUUCACCUCCCUAUAGAACUUCUGGAAUACUUUGGACUAAAUAAGUAGAAAAUACCCUUGUUCUUUUCUUAGUAAGGGCAAGGAAAUCUGACCUCAGUUGGGGCCCAUCUCUGCAUUGUUGUUUGGAUUUGGUUCCUGGUACUAGCUGUGAUUAUGUGUAUUUAUGUUUCAUUAAUUAGGAAAUUUUCUGACUCUGGUUGCACUGUGUUUUGAGGAUAGGAGGACAGUGGGGACAGAGUGGUGGCUUUAAGGAUAAUGAACAACUUGCCUUGUCUGGAGGGAGGGCACCAUAGAAUGGUAACAGCCAAGUUUGGACUCCUAAUGCAAACAGGGCAUGGCAACCCACCACUGCACCUCACAGAAAGAUUUCCAUAAAUGGAAGUUGGCAGUCUAGGGAAAGGAGGAUGAGGAGAAACACACAAAGUGACAUGGGAAAAAAUAGUAUUACUAAAUUAUUGUGUGUACACAGAGGCAGCUCUGCCAGUGUUGGAUUUUUCUCAAAUGUUGCAAUACCAGUUUCAUGAACACUUUGUGAGAUAAAUCAUCAGCAUUUACAAGGAUCUGCAGAAAAAGCACGUUCUAGUUUGUCAUUCUGAGAGAUUAAAUAUUUCUGCUUUCUG